AUGCCUGCCCCCGUAGCUGCUGCACCCACCACCUUCAAGACUCGCCCAGUCUUGGGCCAUGUCAAUCUCAUGACUGACACCCUGAUUGCCAAUUCAAACUUUGCGUGCCAUUGUGCGUUCGCUCCUCGCAACCGGCCCCCUGCCACCGCCUCUGCCUUUGCUGCCGUCGCCCGUUCCCGACUUGCCCAGAGCUGCCCAAAGACACCGCCACACCCCUCGUCGCUGUUCACCCACCUCAACACCUCCUCUGAUCCCCGGCCCACUCCUGCUCUCUACGACCUCCUUGCCCGCUCCCGUGCUCACUUUGGUGCUGGAAUGGGUUUCCACUCGCUCACACUCCUCGUCGUCAUUGUCCGUGCUACCGUCGAUCUCCGCUGGACAGAAGACGGCCCAUUGGCUGAUACUCUCGCCGUGGUCGACGGUGACAUUGCCCAGGCCGUACAGUCGAGCAAGGAGGAACUCAUGGCCGGCCGGGUAGAGGAUAUGAACAUGGCCCGAAAAGUCGUCGAUGAGCUCCGAACGGCAAUGCGUGAGGUUUCCCUCGUUGUCGAGCUCUGGGGCGCCGAUUUCCCCUACGAGCGUGGACUUGCCAACCUCGAGUCCCUCAAGCUCUAA